AUGACGCACACCAGCACCGACGACAUGCAUGGCGCUCUGCGGCUUUGCCGCCACGAACGAGGCUCAGUAGUAUACCGAGAUCCGGCAACGACGACGUCGAGCAUGACGCUCACCAGCACCGACGACAAGCAUGGCGUCAGCGGCUCCGACACCAAGAACAAAGCUCAGCGACUCCGACGUCGAGCACGGCGUCCAGUGGCUUCGAAGAAGCCCUCGGGUGCAUUACUCAGCGGGCAAGGGUGUGAGCUUCGCGGGGCUGACUUCGAUCAUGACGGCCAGUAUCGAGACCAUGUCGACGCGCACGGUGCGCAACGGGCCUUCGUGUUGCUGGAGGCGAACAGGGCGGGACGUUGCUCGGUGGACGUGCUCCUUGUGGCGUCUGCCCAGACGCGGGACUCGUCAUGGGCAUGGGGGUCUUCAGCUUGGCAGCAUCCGUGA